AAGAAAAGUCGGGUUUUGCAGCUUCUUUUCUGGGACUUUUUUCUUUUGUUAAGUGCUCCUCAUUUCUUUUGCCAAACGGCCAACAAAAAAGAGGAAGUGAGCUUCUCGGCUUUUAAGCCCAGAAGCUUCACUCCCAAACACCCACUAAAUAUAAGAGCAUCUCCAAUAGCCUUUUUAUAUUGACUCUUAGAUUGAAAUUUGAGGAGGAUGAUACUUUUGCUUGCUCCAAUAGGCUCUUAGUUGCUCUUAAAUCUACUAAAUUUUUCAUCUCUCUCCUCACUUUUAAGAGCUACUAGUAACUCUUAACUAAUAUUUUAUAAUAAACUUGUAAGCAUACACUCUCUCUCCUUCCACUUUCUUUUGUACUUUUAUGCACAUGACUUACUUUUUAUAUUAUUAAACAAAGUAAGGAGUGAACAUAAGGAGUAUUGUUGGAGUUGAACCCACUUUAAAUCACUAAGAGCUUAUAAUUUAUAUUAUAUUUAAGAGUGGGUUAAGAGACUAUUGGAGAUGCUAAGGGUAUUAAAAUAUUAUAUGAUCAUGGUAAGCCCUCCUCUAAACACCUUAAGAUUUUGGGGGAAUCGGUCACUUAACAUGAUAUGAGUUAAGGUUUGCGAGAGACUCGGGUUCGUCCUGUGACCCCCGGCCAUUCUAAAUAUGAGUUAGUCUAAAUUUGGAAAGAAAAUAUAUAAAUGUUUUCUUCAAUUACCCCCAAUUUAGAAUACCUCCAUUUCAUUCCAUCCAAGUGAACUCGAGAAACCAUUUUGCACUAGUAUUGCCUGCAUAUAUUCCUUUUCAAACAGUUCAUAACCGCGUUAUAGUAACUAUUUUUGUUACAUAUACAUACGUGUACUGCACAUGCCCACAUCAAUGUUAAGGUACAUGGGCAUAAAUACUAGUGAAUGCCUAUAAAUUCAUCUCUUUCCCAAUACAUUCGAUAUAAUAAUUUAGAUCUUGCCUCCAAAUCUGUUCACUCUUGUCAAGUGUAUCAAAAAUCCUUCAAGUCUCAGCAAACAACAUAUCAAGUGAUCACAGCUGCCUUCUAUGAUUUGAGCUCAAUAUUGUGGUUGUUAAAGCUGCUAGCUAGUGGAUUGCAUCCCACUUGACGGAAGCCAGAGCUCAAUAAUCCAACUCUUCUGUUCUGUUCAAUAUUUCCAUCAAUCACUCCUUUAGCAGCCAUUGUUUGACUGGAUUUGUUAUCUGGAAAACAAACUAGAACUCCAUGGACAAUUUGAGUUGGGAAUGCACAUCACCAGCUGAAGCAGAUGUAGCAUCUCCAUGGAGUAAUCAGCUGAAUGAUCAUAUGGGCCAAAGCUUUGCUAAUAUCAUUAGUGGUUCAAAUGUUGAGUCAUCACAUGAAUUUACCUGUUCAAGUUCGAAGCAGAAAUCAGAGCAAGUGGUUCAACAGGUAGCAAGCUUUGACUAUAUGCGGAGCCAAGAAGCCUUGAGAUUAGCUGCUGAGAAACUGCUGGCCAAGUCUUGUUCUUAUGGAGUAGCAUCCAGAAAUGCAGAAUAUUUUUCUUCAGCAAAUGGACCUCAGAUCAUGGACCCUUUUAGUGGCCUAAUGGCUGAUAUAGGUCUUCCAGUGUUUGAUCGGCCGCAAUAUGUUGAUGUCAAGGCGACAGCUUCGACAAACACUUCAUCUUUUGAGUCCCUUGAUUGCUUGAAAACCACAACCACUAGCAACACGGAUACAUCAGUCGAAGAUGAUGACAUUCCUUCCAUGCUUUUCUCCGAUUGCAGUAAGUUAUGGAACCUCAGUUCCAUGCCAUCUGCAGACUCUGAAAAAAUCACAGCCAAAUACUGCAGCACUAGCAGCCUUAUCAGUGAAACAAAUGAUGCCAUUUCUCAAUGUUCGACAAAAAGUACUAAUCAGUUUUCUGGGCUGAUAUCCAAAAGUCAACCAAAACUAAAGAAACCAAGAUUGGAGAAACACCAGAAUUCCUCCCACAUCAACUUUCAACAGCCAGUUGAUUCAUCAAAUAUCGAUGAGGAGCCAGACUUGGAAGCGAUUGCACAGAUGAAGGAGAUGAUUUACAGAGCCGCGGUCUUUAGGCCAGUGAACAUAGGAGAACCAGAGGCUUCUGAGAAACCAAAGAGAAAGAAUGUAAAGAUAUCGAGCGAUCCACAGACAGUUGCAGCGAGGCAAAGAAGGGAAAGAAUAAGCGAGAAAAUCAGAGUUCUGCAAAGGCUGGUUCCUGGUGGAAACAAGAUGGACACAGCUUCAAUGCUAGAUGAGGCUGCAAACUAUUUAAAAUUCCUCAGGUCACAAGUUAAAACACUGGAAUCACUUGGCCACAAAUUUGAUUUUCUGAAUUGUCCUAUUACCACUGCUCAAUUCUACCCUUUUCCUCAGCAUUCUCUACUCCCAUUCAACCACUCAUUUCCCAUGCAAAACAUCCAUAAUUUCUCCUUCCCAAAACCUUAACCAAAUCCACUGGGCCAUAAGUGAAUAAUUACUUUUAAAAAGUUUCUUUUUCCCCAAACAUAAAUCUUAUUCAGAAAUCAACUCGAAAGUCAGAUUAGUUGUUGCUUUGUGAUUACAUAAAGUAUCUUUAUCAUAUCUUCAUCAUUAUGUAUUGUUUACUACUGUAGUACAUUUUGGCCUUUUUGCAUAUACGAUUGACUUAUUUUA